AUGAAUAAGAGGAUAUUUAGUUUGUAUUGUCUUGUAUGUCCUUUUGGAUGUAUCAAUACAUUUCUCGAACAGAAAUUAUCUGUAUUAAGAAAUAGAAUCAUUCGUGCUAUCAAAAAAAUAAAGAGAAGUACCAAAAAAAAUGGUACAGAAUAUAAAAGCAAAACCCAAUUAAAUAAUAACAAUAAUAACGAUUCUAUUGAUGAUAAAGAUGAUUAUGAGUGUUAUAUAUAUAUUAUGAAUAUGAUAAAACAUAUUAUGAAGAGGAUCAUGAGUAUUAUAUAUAUAUUAUGA